UCUGUGACAUCAGCCCGGCCUGGUGGCACCGUGGGCACUGCCAGGGCCGUGGGUGGCACCAGAGGUGACAGCUCUGCUCCGCCUCUGCCACCCGCGCUGGCAGCGAUGGCUUUGCUGAGACUGCUCGUCCUGCUGGCCCUCGUUGGGUCCGUGUGGGCCACCUGGGACACCUGCAGAGGCACCUGUGGGCUCCGGCCCUUGGCGUUCGACCACAGCUCGUUGGUUCGAGACUACGACCCCAAAGAUGGCGACUACAGAACUUUGGCACCUUCUGAUGGCGCCGCCCUUGACAUGGAUGGCCCCGGUGUCCCCUCGGGGACGUGGCCGGGCAUCGUCAGCGUCCAGGCCACCCGGGAGAACGGCACGUGGCACAUGUGCUCGGGGGCACUCAUCCACCCCCAGUGGGUGCUGACGGUGGCACAGUGCUUCUUCGGGGCUGGGGACAUCUCCAGGUGGGAAGUGGUGAUCGGUGCCACGGAUCUGGCUCAGCUGGGCCCCGAGGCCGAGGUGCGCCACAUCGAGAAGGUCGUGAUGCACGAGGCCUACGUGGCGGCCACGGCCAGGAACAACAUGGCGCUGCUGGAGCUGGAGCGGCCCGUGGAGUGCAGCGACUACAUCCAGCUGGGCUGCGUGCCCGACAGCUCCCUGGCAGUGCCCGAGCUCAGAACCUGCUACAUCGCGGGCUGGAGAGCCGCCCCGGACAGCGCCCCCGGCCCGCGCCCGCUGCUGCAGGAGGCCAAAGUGCGGCUGAUGGACGCCCAAGUGUGCAACAGCAGCCGCUGGUACGGGGGGGCCGUGCAGCCCCAGGAGCUGUGCGCGGGGUACCCGCGGGGCGGCAUCGACACCUGCCAGGGGGACAUCGGGGGUCCCCUGGUCUGCAAGGACAACGAUGGUGACUACUUCUGGCUGGUGGGACUGGCCAGCUGGGGCAAGGGCUGUGCUGGAGAGAAGCGGCCCGGGGUGUUCACCUCCACCCAGCACUUCCACACCUGGAUCCAGGUGCAGAUGGGAAUGGUGCUGCCGGACACGGAGGCUCCACCGCCCGAGCCGGAGCCACCCACCCCCACCAUGGAGGAAGAGCCACCAGAAGAACCUGAAGAAGAACUGGAACCAGAACCAGAACCAGAACCAGAAUCAGCCCCCAAACCGGUACCAAUACCAGUACCAAUACCAGAACCAGAACCAAUACCAAAACCAGAAGAUGAGGAGGAAGAAGAACCAAGAGCAGAGAAGUUUAUAACAAUUUCAUUCCCCAAAUCCAUCCUGCUGAGGUUAUUCACCAAUCUGCAGGAGUUCCUGGACUUCCUGCGGGACAAACUGGAUUGA